AUGUCCAAGACUCGCAGUCAUGGUGACACAUUUGAACUGGCAGCUGUCGAGGAACGACAGUUAAAUGGUACCUCGUACGUUCUUUCUGGCUCGAGCGUGUCUGAAAGACUAUCGAACACUGGAAAGUCCAUCCGAAGGAAUGGUUUUUCGAGUACAUUUGUCGAUACGGUUGUCGCCGAUGUCAUACCCACAAAAUCAAAUGCUCCGGAGGCCAGCCCUGCUCCAAAUGUCGGAGUGCGCAUUGCCGCGGUGUUCCAGACGCUGUACCAGAUACAGACACUUGUCUUCAAUCAAGUGAGCCGGGUUUAUCAUGUGAUGCUCCGCAAAUCGACGGUGGAGGAGCUGGAGAAUGCCUAUCGGCAGGCUGAUUUUGAUGAUCCCGUGUUCACCUACAAAUUCUUCGCUUUAUUUGCACUAGGAGAGGUGUACUCGGCCCGUUCAAAUUCUAGUCUUGAGUGUGACGUUCCUGGUGCUGCGUAUUAUGUAAAUGCGCUGAUGUUGAUUCCUAUCUUGCCUGAGCGACCGAGUUUGACACAUAUUGAAGCUUUGCUGUUGCUGUCACUGUACUCCUACUUCUUGAAUCGUCGAUAUUCUGGCUUCUUACUCGUUGGUAGUGCUAUGCGCCUCGGCUUGACCCUGGGGCUGCACCACGAUAUUCCAGAAUCUCAAUGUCCUGAUCCAGUCGAUCGUCAGCACCGAAUUCGACUCUGGUGGGGAAUCUAUGUCUUCGAUCGCAUGUUCGGCUCCAAGGUUGGCCAUCCGAUCCAGAUCGCUGAUGAUGAUAUCUUCGUCGAGAUGCCCUCUGAUGUCCCAACCGAGGAUCGAGAUGAACCAUUUUCCGACACUCAAUUUCUCGUUGCAAGCAUUAAUCUUGCGAGAAUGACAGGACAUGUGAUUGAGAAAUUAUACAGCCGCAAGAAACAGCCUGACUCGUUUCUCCAGCGGGAGCAAAAGUUGCUCAUCGCCUUGAAGGAAUGGUCACAAGGUCUACCGCCACAUAUCCGAUUGAAUCGGGAGGGACAUACCCCAAAGAAUGUAGUAUCCUUGCACCUUCAAUUGAACCAGUGCAUCAUGUUGGCGACUCGACCUAUCCUCCUCCACACACUAAUGCUACAUCGAUCCUCCAAGCCCAACGGUGACAAAGAUACUCCGCAGACAAAUACCCAGACGCUCAAGACACUUGGCGAUGCAUGCAUCCACGCUGCAAGGCACACGCACUCGCUUAUUGUGGAAGAAUGGACCAACGGGUCCAUGCCCAUCUACGGCUACUUCUAUGCGCACUAUCUCUUUUCCAGCGCCCUCAUCAUGGUAAUCUCCAGCGAGAUUCAUGCCGACAACUGCAGCGACUUUGCCCUCUUUGAAACUGCGACCGAAAUUCUGCGUUCGAUGAGCGACCAUGGAAACCUAGCAGCCACCGAGUUUCACGAUAACCUUGAAUGCGUGCGACAGUGUAUCAACAAAGAACGAGGCUCACAAGCCCGCAACUCCCUUCCCAGUAGGGUCUAUUUGAAUUCCACCGAAUCGUUAUCCCUUUUGACCGAACCAGCUGCAAGAUCGAGUGAGAUCGGGCUUCCAGAAGGUUUUUUACCGCCCGAUGACAUGGGAUUCCUGGGACAGAACAUGGAGGAGUUCCUGACGUUACCGGACGUGGAUUUUGGGCCACUGGACCCGGGGAUGCCGAUCAAUGCAGAUACAGCGUACCUGUGGCCAAAAUACUCGUUGUGGACUGCAUAG